CCUCCACUGCGGCCGCGAGCCGGGCCGCCGCUGCCAGACGGUUCCUGGCGCGGGGCAGGGGUGGGGGUGCGCCGCCAGAGGCCGGGGACUCCCGGCGGAGGAGGUGCGGCCUGUCGGAGUUAGGGGGUGCCGCCGGGCACCCCAAGCCUGCGCACCCAGAUAGCCCCGGGCACCGGCCUGCGGGCUCAGAUAAGAUUGCCGGAGGGAACCCGGUCGCGGGCCGCACGCCCAGCCCCGUCUCGGGGCGCUUCUUGCCCCCAAGGGGCUUCCGUCGCUCGGAGGGCCUUUGGGGUCUGUCUGACGGCUUCUCUCCCGCAGCCUGGAGGAGGCCCGCCUGACGCCUGCCGAGUUGCCAUGGCAUCCUACUAUGAGAUUCUAGACGUGCCGCGGAGUGCGACAGCUGACGACAUCAAGAAGGCCUAUCGGCGGAAGGCCCUGCAGUGGCACCCAGACAAAAACCCAGAUAAUAAAGAGUUUGCCGAGAAGAAGUUCAAGGAGGUGGCCGAAGCUUAUGAAGUGCUGUCUGACAGAACUGGCCCCUCCCGGGCAGAAGCUGGCAGUGCUGGUGCUGGUGGGCCUGGUUUCACCUUCACCUUCCGCAGCCCCGAGGAGGUCUUCCGGGAGUUCUUCGGGAGCGGGGACCCUUUUGCCGAGCUCUUCGAUGACCUGGGUCCCUUUGCCGAGCUUCAGAACCGGAGUUCCCGACCCUCAGGCCCCUUCUUUACCUUCUCCUCCGCUUUCCCUGGGCACUCAGACUUCUCCUCCUCGUCCUUCUCCUUCAGUCCUGGGGCUGGUGCUUUCCGCUCUGUGUCCACAUCCACCACCUUUGUGCAAGGACGCCGCAUUACCACCCGCAGAAUCAUGGAGAACGGGCAGGAGCGGGUUGAAGUGGAGGAGGAUGGACAGCUCAAGUCGGUCACAAUCAAUGGUGUCCCCGAUGACCUGGCCCUGGGUCUGGAGCUGAGCCGGCGCGAGCAGCAGCCUUCUGUCACCUCCAGGGCCGGGGACCUGCACGUGCGGCAGGCCCCUGCUUCCCGGCCCUCCGACAGUGACCUCUCUGAGGACGAUGAGGACCUGCAGCUUGCCAUGGCCUAUAGCCUGUCUGAGAUGGAGGCAGCUGGGAAGAAGCCGGCAGCCUGCCCUGGCCGUGGGACCAGGCCGAGAUGUGUUCUGAGCUGGAUGUCCAGGAUCCUGAGCCGCAGCACAGCUCCAGCAGGACAGCGGCCUUCCCCAUGUGCUGGGAGGGGACAUUCCAGUCCUCUCCCUCACCCAUGCUGAGCAUAGAGUUGGGACCUGGGUGGCAGGUGGGCACUGGGAGAGGAGGCAUCAGUAGUCUUAGCCUGUGAACUCUCUUUUCCGGAUGUUUACUGCUGUUUCUUGGGGGACUACAAGUCCCAGAAUGCCAGGCGCCCAGCCUCAUUUCUGAUAAGUUGCACUUGGGGGAAGCAGUGGUGUGUUGGCACGUGGUUUUGGAGCUGCGCAUCUUGGGACAUGUAUUUCCAGCCCUGGCUAGCCUGUCACUGGCUGUAAGGUGGGGGACAUCUUGUCUUUUGAUUAGUCCCUGGCAAGAACGUGGAUGAACAGGGAAUGACAGCAAGCGUCAGUUCCCCUGACACCUCUUGCUUAGCUCCAGGGUUGGUUGGAGUGGGUACAUUCAGCGUCUGGGAGAGGUUUUCUUCCUGCGGGUAGCCUCGGGGAUCCAAGGAUCAAGCCAGGCCACACGGACUGGCCGUGCAGGGCGUGGCUCUGGGAGUUGGUGAUGAGCUGGGAAGGGUAGGCUGCCCCACAGGUAUGUGGCCGGAGCUGGCCUGAGACGCAGGCCGCAGGCAUGCUGCUGCUUGUAUGGCUUUCUUGGCCUCUGACCCUGCUGCCCAUUCUUCUUCUCUAAUGUCACAGCAAAAUCGCCUCUCUUCCCUGCCUAGAGUGCCCAGCGGCCAGGGUGGGGGAGUGGGGAACUGGGGGACUCACCAGCCCUUAUCACAUUGAGCCUCAGAGACCUAUUAAAGCCAGCUGGGCUGAGCUCAGACCCAGAGGGAAACACUGGACGUCAAUAAAGUUGAGUUUUGACA